AUGUCGACAACUAUUGACAAGAUCAAAGAGAUCGAGUCCGAGAUGGCUCGGACUCAAAAAAACAAAAAUACAUCGUUCCAUUUGGGUCAACUGAAGGCAAAGCUUGCAAAGCUCAAGCGAGAGCUGUUGACUCCAUCCGGAGGCGGUGGUGGCGGUGGUGUCGGUUUCGAUGUCGCGCGUACCGGUGUUGCCAGUGUUGGUUUCAUCGGUUUCCCCUCUGUCGGUAAAAGUACUCUGAUGAGCAAGUUGACUGGACAGCACUCCGAAGCUGCCGCGUACGAAUUCACAACCCUUACCACUGUCCCCGGACAGGUGAUGUAUAACGGAGCGAAGAUUCAGAUCCUUGAUUUGCCUGGUAUCAUUCAAGGUGCCAAGGACGGCAAGGGUCGUGGUCGUCAGGUCAUUGCUGUUGCAAAGACAUGUCAUCUGAUUUUCAUCGUUCUCGAUGUGAACAAGCCCUUGGUGGACAAGAGAGUCAUCGAGAACGAAUUGGAGGGAUUCGGCAUCCGUAUCAACAAGUCACCACCAAAUAUCGUUUUCAGGAAGAAGGACAAGGGUGGUAUCGCUAUCACUAGCACAGUCCCUCUGAGCAACAUCUCUCAUGAAGAAAUCAAAGCCGUCAUGAACGAAUACAAGAUCUCUUCGGCUGACAUUUCCAUUCGUUGCGACGCUACCAUUGACGACUUGAUUGAUGUUCUUGAAGCUAAGAGUCGAGCUUACAUCCCGGUCGUUUACGCUCUCAACAAAAUCGACGCCAUCUCGAUUGAGGAACUCGACCUGCUCUACCGUAUCCCCAACGCCGUUCCCAUCAGUUCAGAGCACGGCUGGAACAUCGAUGAGCUUUUGGAGAUGAUGUGGGAGAAGCUCAACUUGCGAAGAAUCUACACCAAACCCAAGGGUCGUGCUCCCGACUAUACAGCCCCUGUUGUGCUUCGCGCUUCAGGAUGCACCGUUGAAGACUUCUGUAAUGCCAUUCACCGAACCAUCAAGGACCAGUUCAAGCACGCUAUUGUAUAUGGCCGCUCUGUGAAGCAUCAGCCUCAACGAGUUGGCCUGUCGCACGAGCUUGCCGACGAGGAUAUCGUCUCUAUUGUCAAGCGCUAA